AUCAACACAUAAUUGAUUAACAGAGUAACCGAAUAAUAGUUAGCAGCCCUACACCAGUUGAACAAUAUGCAAGUCUUCCAACAACACCAAGCUAACGUUCUUAUUUGAACCAUCGGUUUACAUGUUCUAUAAUAUACGCCAAUGGCAUUGUGACGCAUCAUGAUAUGGUAAAGAAUAAUGAACGUCUUGAGACUGUCAACAAUUUUGAACGGUUUGGACUCACAUAAACGUAGUUUCAGAAAAUAAUUUCAGAAAAUAGAUGACUUGUUUUAAGUUUGAGUUGUUUACAAAUAUAAUUGGGAUUAUACAGUCUGAGCGAUAUUUACAAUAAUGCGAAAGGGUCACAUCAAACAUAUUCAUCAUGUUUGGAGGACACUGCUGAAUAUAUGCAAACCCGUUGAACUAAGGGACCAGGAACAAUAUAACGCGAGGAAUGUAUUAUAGUGUGAUAUUGAAGUUUUACAAUAGCAGGGGUUACAUCGCGCAAGGAAUGGUGGGAACCAACAUGGCGCGGCCCGCAAGAUCGUAACCGUGGGAACGAGUUUGGGGCAAAGGUAUUUCAGGAAGCACACCAUAUCCCUGGAAGACGCAGCCCUUCCAUAUUUCUCUGAUUUAUUUGCUGCGAAUUUUGUCGAUCACCGUUGGAUAUGGUCAAGCUUCACCUUCGCCGGCGAUUGUUAGACAGCUUGCCAACUUCAUCACCUGCAGCUGCGGAAACUUCCCUGGAACUUGCUGUGGCUACAUUUUCCUUCCUCCAUGCAUUUACGAAGACACGCUUCUGUAUAGUCACGUAAAUUUCUUGCCUCCAUCACAAGAUUAUCCCAAAUGGGUUUGAGUUGAAAUUCCAGCCUUCUGAUCUCAACCCGGUUGAGUACAUGAACUUAUCAUGACACUAUUCACCGCAUUUUACACUCCACCUCAUGUAAGAUCAUGUGGUGUACUGUGCAUACUAUGCGUGAGCACAUCGAUAACUCGAGCACCACUAUCGAUAGGUGCCGACGACAUCUUUAUGAUGUCAACGAUGGCUGAACGACUUACAUCAUUAGGGGCAUAGUUCACGACCUAAAUCACGAACUUCAUGCCGCUCUCGAAGCAACCAAAAUCAAGAAAAUCAAAUCUAAGUACCUCAAGCUCAAAUCAGACAAAUGUCAUUGUACGCCAAUGUCAACGAGCAACGCUAACCAAGUUUUGGUAGUUACCAUCCCACCAGAUCUCCCCCUAACUGACGGCCAACGUUCUGUCCUCGAGCUUGGACUGAAUUUCAUCCCGCUAACGAACUGAUGGGACGAGUUCAUCACCCGUCACCGGACGUCGAGAAGUUCUUCCGUCGUGUGAGUUUGCGGGCCUUCUUCCACGACAAGGAUUCCAGGCACCGUACCACUGGCUGUCUUGUUCAGUUGGUCUGAAGAUAAACGUGACGUGGCGUUAUCGGAAAAUACACAGGAUGGCUGCUUACCCGGGAGAAGGGAAUAAGAUGUCCAAUUAUGGAUUAAAAGUCCCGACGCCAGAAGAAUUAAAACUACUCUGGGAGGAAAUAGUCGGGCGAGAACGUAGAAUCCGCGCCAAUCACUUGGCGACUAAAGGGGCAGGGUCGGGUGAACAUUGGCCGGGAGUUAAAGGUCUAGAACCAACAGAGGAACAGAUGAAAACCAAGUUCACUUACUUCAACAACAACAAAGAGUUUAGCCCCAAUUCCACAUACGAUCGUCUAUUCCACGUGAAGGAAGGCUACGAGAGUAAAUUACACAGGGAUGAUCGUGAGCAUACAAUUGGACUAAAUGUAAACGAAGAGGAGUCACAAAAGGCAAUCCCUGUCCUGAGUUCUUCGGCCUAUGGCCAUCGCCCAAUUCUGGAAGCCCCGUGCCGGGAGCACGCACGAAUUGAGAGGGUCAUGAAAGGAUUCUACCGGACCAGGGGCACAAACCUUCCCGAAUACGGCUCUGAAAAUUAAACAGAAAUUUUCUACCAAAAGAAGCAAUUCACACUACACUGUGCUACCAAGAAUUUUCUGCCGAGACGACAUUACACAGAAUAAUUGGAAGUACAUGUAGUCAGCAUCCACAUGCUAAAGGCUUUGCCAUUUGAAUAAGUACACACGCACUUCCCUUGGAAUUGCUUCUUACAUGUAUCUGAUAAGUUCAAAAUUGGGGGGGGGGAACAUAAGUUUCUCUCCACAAGUAAACUGAUGUUCACCUUUGUGAAUUUGGUUGUCUUUAAUGUCACAUUGCAAGUUUAAAGCGAUACAUGUACAUGUACUUAUUACUGGUUUUUAUCCCCCUGGUAUUUGUUAGACUGCACCUUUUAUAAUUUUGAUCAAAAACAGGCAGUCAUCCAUGUAUGUGUAUAUUCUGUACUUACGAAGUGUUUUCGAAGGAGACAAGUCCUAAAGUCUUCUCAUUUGACGUACAUGUAUUAUGACUUGUGCAAUGUAACAGCAAGCUUGUAACUCUAAUUUGAAAUUUGUUGGCAUUUUCAAGAAAUGAUUCUUUCAUAAUUAGAAGCAACAAAUAAGCCAACAUGCUGUGUUAAUUGAAUGUUAUGGCCACUGUAAAUUGGUUAAUGUACAUGACAAUCUUUAUUUCAAGCACUCCACGUCUAAGGAAGUGUGGAACAUUAUUUCAUAUGUAUAUACAAUUCAUAUUUUGAGCAGCCUUUCAGACGAAAACAAAAUGAAGGCUCUGUUUUUAAAUACACAUAGCUUUUUACUGUUGUAGCCAUGCUGUUCUUAUAAAGUUUUAUUUGGUCGAUCUGAUUGGACGAUUCAAAUGUUUCUUGCCUAAUAAUUGUACCAAGGUGCAACUGCUGAAGGAAUCGGAAUAUGGAUAGAAUUCAUAGACCUGAACAAAUGAAACACGGUUGUCUUGAAAUCUUGAAUAUUUUAUGGACACUGGACCUUCAGAACGUUUUGUAUCUCAGCUCUGACAAAACUUUUCAGUUCUGCCAAAACUGGGACAAAAGCAGAAUUGUGCAUUAUGUGAAAGCAUGACCAAAUAA